AUGCGUGUUCUUGUCAAUUUAUUGAACGCAAAGACAAUUGCUGUGAAGGUGCAAUCUUCAGACACUGUUGACGUGCUAAAAGAAAUAAUAUCUCAAGCUACUGGACUUUCUCCUUCCUCUCAGCGUCUUUCACAGAAAAGAGAUGGCGAAGAGAUCGAACGUCGUAGCAUUUGUGUGGGGGAUUUGAUUAAACCAGACUCUCUCAUUUAUGUGGCCUACAAACAGCUGAACUCAGUAAAUUCAUUUUUUAUCAAUGCUGUGACCGAAACAGGAAGAGUUCUGAAGGUAACUCUUGAAAAAGGACAAUCUUCCACCAUCAACGAUCUGAGGAGAAAGUUAUCGAGUCGGGCAAUGCUUGGUGUUCCAGAGUACAGUCUGUUUCUGCGCCAAAUAGACUCGCCUUACAAGAACAAAUGCUUAGGGGAGUCCUUCAACAGUUUGGACGAAUCUGGUGUCAAUCAUGGUUCGGUUGUGUACGUGCAAAUCCAUCCGUGGGAGAAAAAGUAAGUUUGAAAAAUUGAUGUUAUAUGAUUGUGCGAACAGAACAAGUACGUGAUCUUCUUUCAUAUGUAAAUUUCCGAGAAAUCAAGAUGCGGUCGUAUUUGGUGCAUUUUCCAAUUUAUAAGAAAGGUAGUAAUGUAUUAUUUGAUCAUUGACAUGACCAACUAUGGGUAUAAUGAUUACUUGGGGGAAACUGCAGAAUACCCGGCCACUCAUUUACAUGUCAUAUAGUGUUAUGCCUCGAUCUUCAGAGCCUCCCGACACAUGUUAGUGAGGCGGACCAAAGUAGCCGGGUAUUCCGCGCUAAAAUAAACAGACAUGAGCUUGCAUGUUAAAUUUUUUUCAUUCAUUAAGUACUUCGUUCAUUCAUCGACAUUCAAUCGAUCUUUCAUCUCUGAUUCCAUUUAUUUAUAGUGCUAGAUGUUUUCAUUGCCUUGCUCAUGUGCUCACUAAUUCAUUUAACUGUCCAUCCAUCUUUUUUCACAUUGGUGACAGUUGUUUACUUUACUGAGUAUCAUUCAAUUGUUUGCACAAUGUUUUAAACGUUUUAUACAUUUGUCUUUCAUAUGCUACAGGCAAAUGAAUUUUCAUCCAAUUUAUAUCAUUCAUCCAAUUCAAGUUGAUGAAAUAAAGAAAAAGAAAAAAUGUUGGGCUAAAUUAAAGAUGAGACCAAAAGAAAGUAGAAUUUUUUGUAGUUGUAACAUAGACCUCAACUAAAAACCUAUAGCAAUUACUAGUGUAGAGGUUGGAUUAUGAAAAGCAAAAAGGGUAAAGCAGUUUUAUGUAAGGUACAGUACAUGCACAUGCCUUCUGUAUUAAUUUAUUAUAAAUUUGUUUUCUUUGCUGCUUUCAAUACAGCUGGUUCCAUGGGAAAAUAUCCUGCGACCAAGCAGAACAGAUCAUGUCCUCUGCAAGUAGUGGACAAUUCCUUGUUAAAGAGAGUUUACAUUAUCCUGGAAAUUAUGUCAUUUUUGUGUGGUAAGUUUGGCUGUACUGCAAUCUACCCCCAGUUACUGAUUAAUAUCAAUGAACAUUUAUUCAUGAUAAUACAUACUUAGUUACCCCUCCCUCCAUCAAUUUAUUACUUUUGAACCUCAUCACUCUUCAUAGAUUCUGAAAUAAUAUUUCAACUUUGAAAGAAGGGUUGUUUUGCUCUUUGAUGUCAUAGUAUUGAUGGCAAAACCAAGUACUGGAAGGUGUCCUGGAGCAGGAUGAUGCAAUUUACUGUUGAUGAACAAGAGUAUUUUGACAGCAUCACUGACAUGGUGACAGUUAGUAUCAAACACUGUAGAUUACCCAGUUUCAGUCAAAGCUAUAGCAAAUUGAGAGUUGAAGACUUAAAUUUGCAGGGCUGUCAGUUUAGUUAAUUCCUAGUUAAGUUAAAAACUACUUUCACCCACAUACUAACCCAACUCACAACAAACGAGCUACUAAUAACAUAUAAAUUGCCUUAGGGUCAGAUAGGUGACGUUUAUAUAAAAUUCUUCUUUCACUUUCAGACAACCUCAUUAAAGUUAAAUGAAAAUAAUUUUAAUUUGUCUCCACAUUGUAGUACAUACUUACAUCUUCUAAUCAGCAUUCUAUACACUAAACUCAGCACAUCUUUACCUUACAGUAUAUACUUACAUCUUCUAAUUAAGACUCUAUAAGCUAAACUCAGUACUGUAGAAAGGAGAUGGCAAGGUGAAUUGAGAAUACAACCUGCAUCUUUAGCAACUAAGGCACAACUCCCAAUAGGGGAAGGGUAGGGGGGGAGGGAGAGGGUACAUCUUUGACCAAAAUAAUUUGGGAAAAAUAGAGUUUUUUCAUGUAUGCUAAGAAACAGGGCAGUUGGUUGGUAAGUUGAAAUUUACAUCUUAAUGAACUUGCAACCCCUCAGUGAAAUUAUGAACCAUACAAUUAAAAUCUUUCUUGAACGCAUAUCCUGCACCAUGGAGAAGGACUUUUUGCACUAAAUGCAAAGAAAAUAACAUCUGAAAUCACUUUAUGUUUCUUUGGUAUUAACAAAAUUAAGCUAAUUGAGGGCUUUAAAGAUUCUGUGACUUAAUGUUUCCUUUUAUGUUAUUAAAAUUAUCCAAACUGAGACAAUUUCUCAAUUAAAGUAGGUGGAAGAAACAUGCAAAGCAUGCAGUUCCUAUUAAAUGUGUUUAUGAAGGGUUGAUACACCAGAUGUAUCAUUAUUUAUCUUUCUCUUGCAGUUCUACCAAAACAACACAGGAUUUUGGCUGCCAAUCAAACUGACCAAGCCUGUAAGCAGACAAGAGGUUACUAAAGGAAGUGCAAAUGAUUCCUCAUUGAUUACACAGGAAGGUAAUCAUGAUCACACAAUCAUUGCAAUGAAAUGAAGUAAAGUAUUGUCACAUACACAAUGUAACUACUCUGUUGCAGCUCCACUUUAUUCACAGAUUCAGUUUAUUCUUUUGCGUUUGCUGUUAACUUGUGUAUACAAUAAUGCAUUGAUAAAAUUAGGAUAUUUGUUUUUUCUGCAAGUUGGUUGCACAGUGUUAAUUUCUAGACUAUUUAUUUUCACCUUUAGUAAUUUGCAAAUGUGAGUUUGUUUAAACUCCUUGUUCUCUUAAAAUAGAAAAUGUCCCUGCCUGAUUUCCUUGCUCAAGAGACUUAUUAUAUUGUGAAGAGUUUGUCUUUUUUAAGAUUCAGGAACUUCAAGCUUUUAAGUUUUCAAUCAGUUUAUAAUGCGUUUGUGAAAGAAAUUCACAGUUCGAGGUGACAGAAGUUCUUAAAAUUAAUGGUAUCCCAGUUAUGUGAAAUUUCUCCAUAAAAUGUGUUUCCUGGGAACUUUGUACAAGAUUUGAUGUAUGAAAUUGUCAUUUCUUUUACAUUUUAAUUAUCCUCAGACAAUAACUUACAAAGAGGUCGUCUUUGCACAAAUCCAGACCUAAAAAUUAAUCUUGCUGUGGUAGUUGGACAAAAGACGUUCUCACUUCUGACAAGUCCUUUCUAUCAAGUGGAUUAUUUGAAGAAACAAGUUGAAGAAUUGAGUGGAGUGCCUGUUGACUCUCAAUUAAUAAGACUAAAUGACAAGGCAUUGGUGAUGCACAAUUUUUCUCUGAGAGACCAUCGUAUUUUGAACAACUCAACUAUUCAUGUUCAAGUUCACCCAUGGAAUGAAGAGUAUGUUCAUGUAUUUAAUAUAGUCUGUGGACUAGUUAGUGUACUGUCAACACUGAAUCAAAGGAGAAUUUGAAAAGGUCCUAAGAAACUUUAAGGGUCUGGUAUUAAAGUACAUUAAUGGCAACGCCUGUUCACUUUACGAGGGUGUGAUGCAAAUUUGAGGGAUGGGAGUAGUUAGGGUUGGGUUGGGGUCCAUUGUGCCACUAUUUAAAGCCAAAAUAAUUUUCCUGAUCAACUUCUCAUGUCAUUACAAAGUCUAUGUUAUAUGUUAUGCCAAGAUUUAAAAACUGAUCUGUUCUGGUUAUGAUCAUUUCUCAUCUCAACCUGCAUUGAAAUUUUAAAUAAUUACCUCAGGUUCCAAAUUAAGGGUAAAUAUAACUAUGAUUUUAGGAUAACUAUGGUUUUUUGAUACAAACAUACAUUAUCACCAGUUAUUCAAUGUGAUAAAAUCUUGUCUCUGUCCUUUCUUUUUUACUCAGUUGGUAUGUUGGCAAAAUGUCAGAGAAAGAAAUAGAAUCUGUUGUGAAGGAGCUAGGCCAUGUGACUGAUGGAAUGUUCCUUAUAAGAGAUAGUGCUAAUUCUCCAGGAGAUUAUGCACUCUUGGUCUGGUGAGUUAUUAACCCAUGAUGACAACUAUAAGAAAUCAAAAGUAAUUAGUGUUUCACAAUGUAUAAACCUGAAGUGUGGAUCACUCUUUUUAACUGCUUAGUGCUAGUCUUCUUUUUUUGAUUAAUUUGACAAGCUAAGUGUCAUCUUGUAAUGUGUUACAUUUAUGUUUGGCUGUGAUAGGUUGGUUUCUAAUAGUUAUUAUAAUUCUAUUGGAACGUUUUCCUCAGUUCUCUUCUGUUGAACAGCUCUCUCAUAUAUUCCUGGAAUUUUCAGGGAAUCACAGUCCAUAAAGUUUACUAUCAUAAUAAUUUGAUCAGAAGUAGGUGGUGUUAGGUGUUGUUGGUUUGUUCUGAACAGUGAAUAUCUGUAUUCAAGAAAGUACAGCAGCUGUAGUUUAUCCCUGUAAUGUGCCUUGAUUCUGUUCUGCAUACUCAGGUCCUUCAGUCUCACUGAUUGAAACUUAUUUUUGAUGGUAGUGAUUGACCCAUCAAGUUGUAUGACUUGAGGAGUGUUUCAACUUGAAAAGGACUGGCUAAUGUGUUUUAGAUGGUAUUCUAAACCAGACAAUUGUGUAUUGUAACUUCAGCAUUAGUGCAUGCAAAUUGUACAUUUAUACAUUAAUUACAACUUAAUCAUCUUUUAUGCUCCAAUUUUUAUACUGAUUGCUGAAGAUUGAUGGUCAGAAACAACAAGCUUUUAGUAAUGGAGCUAGUACAACCAUCCUUUUUAUAAGGCUAUAUUUUUGUGAGCCAUUGGUGUCCAAUUUGAUCCCAUACACUUGCAUGCUGUAUGUCAUUGCAAGCUGUUUGUGUUUUUGCUUGUAGGCUUCAAGGCAAGCAUCAGUCCUAUCGAGUGUCGUACAAGAAACAGUUAUACAACAUUGAUAAGAAGUCACACUUUGGCAGCCUGUCUCAAUUGGUAGAGGUGAGUGCCAAUGACGUACCAAAAGUUAAUCAGAGAAGCACAAUGAUGUACAAUAUUUGGAAGUCUAAAUAUUUGUAAGUCAUAUAGUUUAGUCAUACUCCAGAUAGUCAAUGUGCAUCAGGCUACUUCUGGUUUCUUAUGUUGAACAUACUUUGGACAGUUUGACCAACAUGUACGUGUACAGUAUAGUACUGAAUUAAAGAUAUGAGUAGUGUAGUUGAAAGUUAGUAAAGGAAAAGGAAUUAAUAAAUAAAGAAAAACAUUAUUUCAUUAUUUCAGAAGAAAGAUGAAAAUGCAGCAUAAGGUAAUAGCUAAGGGAACAGAGUGAUGUGUAUAAUUGAUGGUAAUUCUAAAUUGUUAGUAAUAAACGAUGAUAUUUAUCUUUCAGCACUAUAAACGCCCAAGUGGUUUUCUAGCUACAAUUCUCACCAAGCCAGUGAAAUUUAAUAAAGAGCAAAAAGGUAAGGCUUGGUGUUUUAGAAAUUUCCCCUGAAUGGUUGCACUUGAAGAUGUCAGCCCUGUUUUCCUAAUCACUUUUAGAACCUUUCUUCAGUUUGUUGAACAGUACUCUUCUACUCCUCACUUAGGAGCAUGCCAGGAGAAGCCAUAAUUUAUAAUACACCAGCUCUGAGUCAUUGAUUUAAAUUGUGCUUUGAAUGUUUGGGUAGUAGUCCAAAACUUCUGAAAUUGUGCUUGGUUAUGAGUUGAUUAUCCUCUUGAAGUUGAUAUUUGCACAGAAAAUUAUAUGGGAUGUCAAUUCCCUAUCACUUAAUGUUGCUUUCAGUUUCUUAGUGACUUUUCAGUUUUAAUGAAGUUAUAAACCAGAUCUCUAGUUUCUCAGACAGGCCUAAAUCUUCCUCAGCAUACAUGAAAAGCAGCUCUGUGUUGACCUAGGGUUGCUGCCUAAACUUUUAGCCUGUGAAAUUUCCUACGCAAGCUUAGUGCCCUGACUGAACCAAUUUCCUGUCAGCACAGUGCUCCAGUUACAUUUACAGGUUACAUUAGCAGUCAUUGCCUUGUAAAGUUAAAGUUAAUGAGUUAGAGACAGAGCUAGAGAGGGUAUUUUUCUCUCCUGCAGGCCUCAUUCCACCUGCCAUUCUAGCAAGAGGUAUUAAAGCCAAAGAGGCUUACAGCAGAGCUUUAGAGUAUGGUAAAACAUGCGACAUUCGUGUGAGAGUCAUGCUGAUUGGACAAGACCAUGCAGGCAAGACAAGUGUUAAGAGAUCACUCAUGGGUGACAAGUUCAACAGAGAUGAGGUCAGCACAGCAGGUGUGCAGAUGGACCCACCUUUGUUAAGAGUCGGAAAAAAGCCAUGGAAACCAGAAUCCGUUUCUAAUGAGUUACCUACCACUAUGUUUGAUCACAAUACUGCUCAGUUGGUAGCCAGGCAGUUGUCAGGAGGCCAUGACGAACUAGAAAAGACACUCAGUAAAUCUGCUGCUUCAGAUGUGCAUGAUGAAAAACCUGAAACUAAACAAAGUCUGUCUAAUGGGGUGCACAGCGAAGAAGAGUUUGAUUUUAAACAAAAUCUUUCACGGACCAGUAUUCCAUCCAGUGGUUACGAAAGUUCAUCAAGUGGCGACAGGAGCUCUCGAGGCUCGCCCACGUUCCCAUAUAUUGGAUGUAAGUGUUAAAGAGCUUAACUUUGUAGAUCAGGCUAUGUAUUGAUGUGUAGAUCUCGUCAUGUGAGAGGUAACAUUGGUGUACUCCUAGGUGUCCUCAAGCCGGUUAGCAUUAAUCCUAGGUCAGCUGUAUGCAUGCAGGUCUCUAGUCCCUUUCAGUAAGUGUCAGAUCUAGAGUAAUGUUAAACGUCUUCGAGCAACUUCGGUCCCGAAAGAUCUCUAUUCGGCGAACAUUGUGGAUUGGUUUUGUGACCCCAAAUUUUAUCUUUUGAAUAGCAAUUUAACCCCUUGAUUGAGGUUAGCGAGUCAAAUAUGACGGUCCGGUACCAAGUUAAACUUGUAUUAUUAAGCUUAUCCGUAUACAGUGUUCGUAAUUUUGGGCUAGACGUCUUUACUUGGUUAUCGUGUGCGAUUUAAGUUAGUGUACCAUCAUGUUGAUGUGGACGGAGUUGUUUGACUCAAAUUGUUUUUCAAAUGUUUUUUUUUUUAUCAGCGGGGGAGAAAAAUACCCCUGGCGAACCCACUUCACCAGUCCUCCAAGAUGAAGUGUUCGCCAAUGACCCCGAACCUUUCCGUCAUCUGUCGCAGGAGAUCAUGAUCUUGGUCGAACGUAUGCUUCAACAAGGCACUCACUCAGUUGGUGCAGAUCAGAUAUGGCCAGUGAUCUGGGACUUCGCAGGCCAAUCACUAUAUCACGCCUUACAUCCCAUCUUUAUGUCGCGUGAAGCUGUGUAUCUACUUGUGUCUGACUUGAGCAAAGACUUGUUACAAAGGGCAGAUAACAGUGCAAAGCAAACCAAACAGCCGGGGGUCAGGACAGCGACUAAGGGCGAGUCUAGUCUUGAUCAUCUCAUGAAGUGGAUGGAUUUGGUUCAUUCUUUUCGGAAUCCUACCCAUAAUGCCGUAGAUCCUCAGGGUUUUGCCCAACCUCCGGUCAUCUUGGUCGGCACUCAUGCCGAUAAGGUGACUGGAGAUCCAUGGGAUGCCAUGAAUAAGAUCCUCGAGAGUUUUGAAGGCAAGGCCUUUUCAUCCCAUAUCGUCGACGACAAAUUUGUUGUCGACAACACUCGUGCUGGACAGCCUUUUAGACAUGAGGAUCAAAAUGUCCACAGACUCAGAGAGAAAAUUAUCUCGGUGGCGUCAACAUUGCCUCACACCAAGCAACUCAUACCGUUGCAGUGGCUCCACGUUGAGAAGUUACUUCAUCACUUAGCCAGCAAAGGAUACAAGCACAUCACCAGAAUGGAAUUCAGGGAAGUUUCUAACAAAAUUUGCCAAUUCGAAGUGGAAGAAGAUAGCGAGGAAUUGUUGCAUUUCUUGUGCGAUUGUGGCGCAGUUCUCUACUUUAAAGACGAGUCGAACCUGUUCAACAGUCUGGUGAUACUCGACCCGCAAUGGCUGAUCAAUGUAUUCUGUGAAAUUCUUAGAAGUGUCCCCGGCAAGAGAGAGACAAUGAAAAUUCGGGAACAUCGCCGGAUUCUUGCUAAAGAUGGGAUCUUGUCUAAUGAACUUAUUGAAUAUACAUGUAAGAAACUUAAACUUGAACUCUCCCAAGAAAUGCUAAUUUUAAUUAUGGAAAAAAGCAACCUCAUCUGCCACUGGAAUGAGCAAAAUGGCAAAGUGGUCUAUCUUGUGCCCUCGAUGCUGACUGCUAAACCAGACAAAGAUAUAUCUGGACUGAUUGGUCAAGGGAAGCUUGCUCCAAUUUACAUUAAAUUUUCCUCUGGAUAUGUUCCUUAUGGCGUGUUCUGCAGAUUCCUGGUAUUAUUUGGUCAACAAAGUUCUCCCGAGUGUCCUGCCACUCCACCGAAGCUUUUCGCAAACGCAGCUCGAUUUGUCGUCGGCCAGCAAAGCAACUACAACUUGACGUUAGCCUGCUUCAAGAGUGUCAUAACGGUUCAUCUGGUUUUUGAAGGGAAAUCUGAGGAUGGACGAGAAACGGCUUCCAUCUGCCGACAUAUUUGCAGGUUGGUGAUGUGCAAAAAUAAAUUUAAUUCGGAAUCUUGUACUUCACAUGAGCAAAAAGUUCAUCAUCGAAUGCGAAUCAGUCCUGUUAGAGCACAACGUCCGAACCCUCAACUGGAAGAUCAGACUGUAUGAUCAACUCUUCGUAAUUUUUAAAGCAUUACAUAAGAAAUUAAAAAUAGCAAUGGAAACGGGAAGUUUAGUUGAGUCCCCCUUUCCAGUUUUUAUACUGAUAAAACAUUUGAAGUAACAAUAUUUCAAUUCGUAAAUCACACUAAAUGAUAUGAUACACAAGUACAAAGAAGGUUGUUCCUCGCAUUCUGUUUGAACUGAUAUCAAGGAGCUUUUUCGUUGAAAAAGAACUGGUGUGGUUCAAAGAGUGAGUAGCGUGAGUAUUUUAUUCUGAGUUAGCAACUUAGUAUAGGAGAUAUAUUGAGUGUUUAAACACAGGCUCAGCAUACAAUUCGUAUCCUAUAGUGAGCGUUAAACAGAAAUAGUGUAAGCCAAAACAUCUCGUCUAAAAAUUCGUCGGUGACAAAGUGGUGCAGAUUUACUUUGUUAAAGUUGCUUUGUUUUUCAGUACUGUAGAACGUACCCUGAAGUCUCUUUGUGCGCAGCAUCCGUGGUUAUACUCCAUGGAGUGGGAGCUGUGUGCCCGAUGUGACCUCUGUAUGGGUGAAGACGAAGAUCCCGAGGGCUGUUCAUGGCAUCGUGCACGCUCAUGUCCUCAUCCUGACUGUUCACACUUCAUUCCUUUAGUAUCAAAGCCUUUGAUGUGUGACAGAACCUACAGAUCAUCAAGUUGUUUGCUCAGCGAGGAAAAACUUAAGCCUUGGGUUAAGGUAUGGGAACUAUUAACGAUUCAGUUGACCAAUAAUCAGGAUUAGGUAAUGUGACCAAAAUCAACCGAAUUUCUCUGCACAAAAUUACAUGGAAAAGAGAGGGAUUUUGGACUGGCCUCUAGUAUGUGUUCAGUUACUAAAUAGGUGUUGGGGGGGGAUUAGUGGUGAAGGGAAAAAGCGAAAAAAUCUGGGAGACUUGGACAAGGUGGCAUUAUAAGAGUGGACCACAUGAUUUGUUCAUUAAGAACAUCAAGUUUGACAUUUUUGAAAAACACCAUCCAUCAAGACACAACAGUUUUCCAAAGUCACUGUAUGAUACAAAAGAAACUUAGAUGCCGUUUGUAGUUUUUUUCAUUAGAAAUAUCAGAAUUGAUAUAUGUAUUUAGUGAAUGACUCAGUGAUUUUGAUUUGUUGUUUGAUUGUAUAGCCUUAGUUUUGAUUGAUUGUAUAAUCCUGGUCUUGGAGGUGAUCAUAAAUCAUCCUAGUUUGUGUAAUCAGUUGCCUGGUUACCGUUAGAUAGACUUUUUUUCUGCUGAACGAUUUUGAGUUACAAGACGGUGGAUUUUGUUGAUUUGAUUGAAAUGUAUCACGUGAAAGCUUGGUCAUUUUCUUUAUCCAGAUCUGGGUUUAAUGAAUUUAUUUAUUUUUGUUCAAUAGCAUUUACGCUGCACAAAUCAGAAUCCAGGUAAAUAAUUUGUUAUUUGGGGAUUAAUUAUUACAACUCUCUUGCUUUGCAUGGAUGAGACUUUCACAAAGCCCUGAUUAAUGACACAUUUGAAAAAAUGCACUUUGCCUUUGAAUUUGAGCCGGUGGCGCUCAAAGCUAGCCAAAGUAAUUCCAGAAUGUUGCAAUUGACAGUUAAUUUUUCCAUUCAACUGAAUGUCAAUAUUAUUUCCAUGUCCCGUGUUGAUUAGAUGGCCUAUUUACUCAUCUUUUUGAGUAAAACGAUUGAAUUACCCUAACUGUGUUGGUAAACCAAUUUUUACUAUCCCUACAGCCCAGUUGCAGUUUAAACCUGGUGUGGUGUCUCAUGAUGAUCAACUGCGCCUGGCGCAUGAUGUCGGUAACAAGUGGGAGCAAUUGUGCCGCAUCCUGCUAAACGAAAAACAUCGGGAGCAUAUUGAGCGCGAUAAAACAAGCCUGUUUGACAAGUGCUUUGCUACACUGUGUACUUGGGUAGGGGCUCAGGGAAGUGGUGCCACAUAUUGUGCUCUUGGAAUGGCGUUGAAGACGCUGAUGGAAGAGGAGUCAGACACAGAAGAUCUCUGUACUCGGUACUGCCUGAAGUCACAGGGUGUGAUGGAGAGUAGUGUUUAAGACACUGUCGACUCUAAAACGGAAUAAGCUGAGUUCUGAGGGUAGACGACAUCGUAGGCUUCUUUGAAACCCAUUAACUCUUUGUGGUCCGUGUUCAUUUGUUAGGCCAACCACAAUAAAAUGUUAUAGAAUAAAUCAUAGGGGUUCAGUUACAUAUCGUUUGAUAUUUAGUUUAACAUAAUACACUGUCCUCUCUCUCUCUCUGAAGUUUACCAGCGUGAAUUGCCUCAACUCAAUUAUAAUCUAAUGUUUUCUGUAACAUGUUGUCACUACAUACUUAUACUCAAAAGAUAAUAAACAUGCUUAAUUUAAACGUGGGAGACAUCGUGCUGAACUUCAGAUCGAAACAGGAGAACGGACCGAAGGAACUUCA